UCCUAUCCCACUCCCCAAAAAGCGCAAAAAGAUAAAGAGCCGAAGCAGCAAGCAGCAGAAAAUGAAGUGACAAGUGUUCAGAAAGAUGAAGUGACAACGGACAAGACAACUAAAACUACGAAUUCGAAAGAAACCCAAGCAGCAACAAAACUCGAACCCAAAGCUGAGACCCCAAAAUCACACCAAUCAACUGACAGCCAAGCCAGACGUUCCGCAAAGCCUGGUAACAAGCAGUCGAGGCGUUCAGGAUCGACCGCCAGGGGAAAGCGUUCAAGCCGGACACUUAAUGCAAAAGAAACCGAGAAAACCGCAAUCGAACAGGAAAAUGCGGACGCGUCCUCAGUGAAACAAGAACAGGUAUUGCCACCAAAGCCUGGCGAAGAGGGUUGGUGCUAUGUUGACAGGCUCAUACCACUAGACUCCGCUAGCGUGCUUAUUCACUUCUACGAAGACAUGGAAAACUCUUACAAGCGCAACUGCAUGUCAAUAUUUCGCGUAUUGCGUCGUGACCGAUGGGCGGUUUUGCCUCAUCUUCACAAGGCUCGUACGGAAUUUUAUAAUUACCUCCGCCGACCCGACAUGAAACAACACUACGUUACGCAGUUUCAAGAAGUAAGCUGUGGUUUGUUGUAUCUCACUAUCAGUGUAAGGGUGAUGCUAUUGAACAUGCGAGUCGAGUAG